GUGUCACACUACUACCUCCCACCCACACCCCAUUCCUCCUAGUCCUCGACUUUGUUUAGAAAAACAAAGGGAUUUGGCGGAAAAAGGAAACGGAGGAGAAAGCUAGAGAAUGAGAACGGACUGUGGUUUUUCAGAAAAGUUAGAAGUUUAACUGGGAGAAGGCUUGUGAGAGGAUUGCAGAAUGUCAGAGAAGAGAUCAAAUAUCAUGUGGUUAAUCCAACCCCCUCCUUUGGCAGACGGGGACACUUGAGUGCGAGAGAGAAUUAAGGGACUAGCCAAAGUCCCUCAGGAAGUUACUAUCAGAGCUAAAAUCCAAGUGUCCUAAUUCCCUGGUCUGUGUACUUUGCAUUACUUCACACUCUAAUUCUGUUGAACGAGAUGAGUAAAUCAGAACACCAGUAUUUUAUUUGGCUAUAAACUUUCUUCUUCUUGCUUUCCUUGACAUCUAUAUGUUAUCUUGCAAGUCUGCUUUAUUUUUUAAUAUUUAUUUAUUUGGCUGAGCCGAGUCUUAACUGUGGCACACAGAAUCAUUGAUUUUCAUGGCAAUAUGUGGGAUAUUUAGCUGUGGCAUGCUAAAUAUCUAGUUCCCUGACCAGGGAUUGAACCUGGGCCCAGUGCAUUGGGAGCAUGGAGUCUUAGUCACUGGACCACCAGUUCAAGGUCUGCUUUAAAUGGUCUGUCUUCUACUCCAAGAGCACCUGUGACCUCAAUGGUGAGUGAUCUAUUUAUGCUUGUUUGCAGAAUUGUUUUCCAGCUCCAUCAUUGAAUGUUCCCAUAGCUGUGAGUUCGGAUAAUGACAGUCUUCCUCUGAAUAGAUUUGGGUGUUCCAUGAACAGAGCCUCAUCCUGUUAGACAAACCAUCUGAAUACUGCAUGGAUCAUGCUUCCGAGGAUGACCAGCUCCAGCGGAGCUUCCUCAGGAACCGGCACCUGCUGCCUGAUGUGGUGCCUGGAGCGGCUCCGCCUGGGACCCGAGCGCCUCCUGCGGGGCAGAAACCGGCUUUACCAGGAUGCAGCACGCCGAACAACGGCCCUCACGCCCGCCAGGUGCGCAAACGUGCUCACCCCGGACCGCAUCCCCGAGUUCUGCAUCCCCCCGCGACUCGUGCCCUGCCCGACUCUGACUGCAAUCCGAGACUCCUGGGGAGAACAAGCAGGGACCGACGACGGCGCGGGGCGCACGGACUGGGACCCGCGCUCGCAGGCCGCACUCUCACUGCCGCACCUGCCCCGGGCGCGCACCGCCUACGGCUUCUGCGCGCUGCUCGAGAGCCCGCACACCCGCCGCAGGGAGUCGCUGUUCCUCGGGGGCCGGCGCCGCCGGGCCCACACCUACGGGGGCGGCGGCGGAGACUACCCCCUCACGCCCCGGGCGAGAGCGCCCACUGCGCCCCGCGAGGCCCGCAGUGGCUCCCUCCUGGACGCGCUCGGCCCCGGGCCCCGCUGCCGCCGCUUCCUGCACGCCUCCGAGGAGCUGCUGCGCCGCGUGCUGCGGACCCAGAGGAACCGAGACCUGGCCCGCGCCUGCUCUGUUUCCAGCACGGACGGAGACGACGAGGACGAGAACGAGGGCCCCCCCGGCUCCGGCUCCCCGGAGCGGGCCCCCGGCUCGUCCCCCUCGCCAACUCCCAACUCGCGUCCCGAGCGCCUGGAGGCCGAGGGCACCGUGACUCUGGGCCGCGCCGGGGGCGCCCUGCGCCUGGCCGCUGAGUACAGUAGGGCCAGCGGGCGCCUCCGCGUCCGGUUGGUCCGUGCUGAGGGCCCGGCUGGAGGGGCCGCCGAGCCCCGCGCCCCCGUAGGCUGCAGAGUCAGCUUCGUCCUGAAGCCGCGGGGCGCCGUGGUCCGGCGGAGUCGCAGGGCCGUCUUGGAGCAGGACUUGUGCCUGGACGGGCUCUCGGAGGACGAGGUGCGCCGCCUGGCCGUGCGCGUCAAGGCCGAGAACCGGGGCCGCGGGCUGGAGCGGGGCCGCCUGCUGGGCCAGGGCGAACUGCUGCUGGGCCCCCUCCUGCUCCUCUGAGGGCGCGCUCUGCCGCGGGGCCUCUCGGACACUGAU